UAACCUUUUAUCUCGUUUCCACAUUGGAACUCGGAAAACUAUACAAGUCGUCUGUCCUACUGUGCUGUGUGCAUGCUGUGCACGCCUCGCGCUCGUUUGUUUGUUUACUUGUUGCUAUUGCUACACGCAGAGCCCGCGAGAGAUAAGGACACACUGUUUUUUGCCUCGAGAUUCGAUCAACGUGUGUGGUUUCGUGAACCGGUGCAACGAUCAUCUCCCCCGAACAAGAUCCAGUAUGCGCGGCUGCGGCGAGCAGGUAAACGGCGACGGCGACAACAGUGGCAGUCGAACAACAGCGGCAGCCGCUACCGACGAAGAAGCAGAUUACGACGACGAUCUGGCGGAGAUCGAGGUAAAUUAUUCGGACGACGUCUCGGGCGACGACAUGGAGGCCUGCUUCAAAGUCUUCGACAAGGACCAGGACGGCUAUCUGAAUCAGGCCGAGUUCGAUCUGCUGUGCAAGGCCCUGUUUAGGAACGAGCAGGGCAAGGUCUAUCCGCUGGACGAGGACGAGCUUAAGGACGUGUUCGAGGUGUUCGAUACCGAUGCCAAUGGAUUGAUCGAUAAGAAGGAGUUCGAGAUGUGCUGGUACAAGUGGAUCAAGGCGUGCACGCGGCCCAAGUGCGCCCUGCUGGUGGUCGACGUGCAGAACGACUUCAUCACGGGCUCGCUCAACAUACGCAAGUGCGCCGCGCGCCACGACGGCCACGAGGUCAUAGCGCCGAUCAACAAGCUCCUCGAGCAGGUCGCCUUCGACUCGGUCUUCUACUCGCUCGACUGGCAUCCCGCGAAUCACGUCUCGUUCAUCGACAAUCUACAUCUGCGUGAACUGGACGAGUCGUGCAAGGCGCGCAAGGACGAGGUGAUGGUCUACGACACGGUGACGUUCAAGGGCCCGCCCCAGGUUAAACAGCGACUGUGGCCGCGCCACUGCGUCCAGGACACGUGGGGCGCCGAGAUCCACGCCGAUCUCAAGAUCGUCGACCGUGCCGUCAAGGUGUACAAGGGCACCAAUCCGGAGGUCGACUCCUACUCCGUCUUCUGGGACAACAACAAGCUCUCGGAGACGACACUGUCGGCGCAGCUGCGCGAGCGCGGCAUCACCGACAUAUUCGUCUGCGGCGUGGCCUACGACGUGUGCGUCGGCGCCACCGCCGUGGACGCCCUCGUGGCCGGCUACAGGACGGUGAUGAUCGACGACUGCUGUCGGGGCGUCGAUCUCGACGACAUCGAGCGCACCAAGUCGAUGGUCUGUCACAUGCACGGGGUAAUAGCCCACUCGGAUCAGGUGAAGAACAUGGUGCAGGGUAAGGACAGGAGAGCCGAGUUGGGAUACAAGCUCGCCAUGGAGAUCAAGAAGAAGAGAUUGAAGAAGAUCGAGGAGAGGGAGAAGGCAAAGACGGAGUCGGAGGCGCAGCAUUGAGAGACGUUAGCUGAGGUGUUAUUGUAAAAAUUGAUGAUGAUUAUUACGUGAUGGGUAGGCAAAUUGUUUAUAUAUAUAGGUAGGUAGGACGUUCCAUGCGCACUCGAGUCAGGGAUUAGACUGCAAAUGAACAAAUUUUAACAGAACAAAAAUAACAAAAAUUUGUACGUAGAAUUGUACUUUUUCUUAAAAAUUGUGUAAAAUAUAACAUAUUGAACCUAGAGCUUUAAGAGGCACUAAUGAUAAAAUAGCACUACGUUGAUUAAAAUCUCAAUACAAUUAGAUCUGAAUUAUUUCAAUUAUUUAAAGAUAUAGACCUUUCAGCAAUAAGUAGGGAAAUUUGACUCGAAUAAUGUACAAACUAAAGUAUAUCUAUUCCAAAUGUCAAUAAAAUGAUGUUCAACUAGUAUUAUUAGUUUACUUUGAAGUUAGAGAGCAAAUGUUUUUUGUGAUUAUAUCGACUUGUAUAGAAGUGAUUGUUUUUUUGAAUAAAUAAACCAGUUCUUCUUUUUUUUAAAGUA